AUGAGCUCUGACGGACCGGGAUUCCUUUCUGCUGCGCGCUACGGCAAGGACAAGGUGCGCGUGUUCCGCACCGUGCGUGGCGCGGACGGCGUACACACCAUCGCCGAGUACAAUGUGACUGCGCUUCUUGAGGGCGCGAUCGAUACCAGUUUCACUCAGGCGGACAACAGCGUAGUUGUCGCCACCGAUUCUAUCAAGAACAUCACAUACUUCCUCGCCAAGACCUCCCCGCACGUCCUUUCGCCUCUCCGCUUCGCCACACACCUCGGCACGCACCUCGUGUCCAAAUACGCGCACAUCACAAAGGCAGUUGUCCGAGUCGAGACACUCCGUUGGGCGCGCAUCGGUGUCGAUGGCAAGGAGCACCCGCAUGCCUUCUGGCGCGAUGGCCAGGAGAAGCGUACUGUUGGCGUUGAAGUCGACAAGGGCAAGGAGGGCGUGCUCGUCAAAGCCGAGGGCGGGAUCGGAGACUUGCUCGUGCUCAAGUCUACCGGCUCGGGCUUCGAGAACUUUGUGCGGGACGAGUACACGACGCUUGCGGAGGUGAACGACCGCAUCUUCAGCACCAGCAUCGACCUUGCGUACACGUAUGCGCCGCUGGCUGUGAGUGGUCAUGGGGAUGGGAAGGAGCUCGAGGAGAAGCACGUCCAGACCAAGAGCGGUGAUGCCUGGGACGACGACAAGAUCGCAGCGAGCGUGCGGGAUAUUACGCUCAGCGUCUUUGCCACCGACGAGAGCGCAAGCGUGCAGGCGACGCUGUACAAGAUCGGUCAGACGAUCCUCAAGGCCAACGCGGGCGUGCAGAGCGUGCGCAUCGCACUUCCCAACAAGCACUACAUCCCCGUCGACAUGAAGUACAUCGGGAUCGACAACCUCACACCGGCGAAAGCCGAGGUAUUCAUGCCAGUUGACGCACCGAGCGGGCUCAUUUCUGCUACCGUUUCGAGAGCAUGA